UUUGUUCCUCUUUUCAUCAGGUAAAAAAUUCUGAAAAAUUUAAAAGAAUAAUGCAGACAAUUUUAUCUCUUGGGAACGCCCUAAACCAAGGAACGGCUAGGGGUGCUGCGGUUGGGUUUAAAUUGGACAGUCUGCCAAAACUCAGUGAAACAAGGGCACGUAACAACCGUAUGACUCUAAUGCAUUAUCUAUGCAAGAUACUUGCUGAAAAAAUUCCAGAAGUUUUAGAUUUCACAAAAGAACUAUCCUCACUGGAGCCGGCAACAAAGAUUCAACUGAAGUUUCUGGCAGAAGAGAUGCAAGCUAUAAACAAGGGGCUGGAGAAAGUUGUUCAGGAACUAUCCAUGUCCGAAAAUGAUGGCCCAAUCUCACAUAAUUUUAACGAGAUAUUGAAGGAGUUCCUUCAUUAUGCAGAAGCAGAAGUAAGGUGCUUGGCUUCACUAUAUUCAGGAGUGGGAAGAAACGUGGAUGGCUUAAUUCUUUACUUUGGUGAAGACCCUGCUAAGUGCCCUUUUGAACAAGUGGUGUCGACUCUGCUAAACUUUGUAAGACUGUUCAAUCGUGCACACGAAGAAAACGGAAAACAACUCGAGGCAGAAGCCAAGAAGAAUGCUGCUGAAAAGGAGAAAUCAAAACAAGGUGGAUUAGAUAAAGAAAUCAAGAAGCCCUUGGAUGAAGAAGUUGAGAAGGAGAAAACAAAAACAAGUGGAUUAGAUAAAGAAUUCAAGAAGCCCUUGGAUGAAAAAGUCAAGAAUGAGAAAACAAAAACAAGUGGAUUAGAUAAAGAAAUCAAGAAGCCCUUGGAUGAAGAAGUCGAGAAUGAGAAAACAAAAACAAGGGCUUCUUGAAUAACAGGUUGUUCCGAUUUCUAGAUGGAAAUGGUCCAGGACUGGACCGGCCUUGAGAUGAAGCACCUGUGAAGGUGAAGGGCGUGCUUAAUACUGGCUUAUACCAUGGAACAACAGAAGAAGUGGGAUGUUAAGGACAACAAUAUUUUAUCUUCUUAACGGCAAAGCUAACUUGUAAAGUAGGGGAGGGGUAUAAGAUACUGUAAUUAUAUAAAGCAAUAAACAUAAAUACAUCAUCGUACCACAUGUUUGGUCAAUCUAAGCAAGCAAAUGUGAUUUUGUUUUC